GGGAGUUUGGUUGUAUAUAAUGGCACCACAUUGGCACCAGGUAUUCCGCUUUCCGUUUUGCUCCACCUGAAGACCAUUGUACUAACACUAUCCAAGCUGAUACAAUGCACAGAACUUAUUCAUUAAGAAACACCAGAGCUCCAACUGCUUCCCAGUUGCAGUCCCCACCACCUCCACCAGCCUCCACAAGAAGCAGAUUCUUUGGUAAGGGUGGUAUUGUCAACUCCAUCAGACGUAACACCGCUGGUCAAUUCGGUCCAGAGCUUUCUAGAAAGCUCUCUCAACUCGUCAAGAUCGAGAAGAACCUCCUUAGAGGUUUGGAAGUUGUCGCCAACGAGAGAAGAGACGUUGCUAAGCAAUUGUCCCUCUGGGGUGAGGACAACGACGAUGACGUUUCUGAUAUCACGGACAAGUUGGGUGUCUUGAUUUACGAGAUUGGUGAGUUGGAGGAUCAAUUCAUUGACAGAUAUGACCAAUACAGAUUGACCUUGAAGUCCAUCAGAGACAUUGAAGGUUCUGUCCAACCAUCCAGAGACCGUAAGGACAGAAUUACCGACAAGAUUGCCUACUUGAAGUACAAGGACCCUCAAUCUCCAAAGAUUGUUGUUUUGGAGCAAGAGUUGGUUCGUGCCGAGGCUGAAUCCCUUGUUGCUGAGGCUCAAUUGUCAAACAUCACCAGAGAAAAGUUGAAAACCGCCUUCAACUACCAAUUCGACUCCUUGAGAGAACACACCGAGAAGUUGGCUUUGAUUGCUGGUUACGGUAAGGCCCUCUUGGAGUUGUUGGAUGACGCUCCUGUUACUCCAGGUGAGACCAGACCGGCUUAUGACGGUUACGAGGCUUCUAAGCAAAUCAUCAUUGACGCUGAGAACGCAUUGGCUUCAUGGACUUUGGACCAUGCCGUUGUCAAGCCAACUUUGUCCAUAAGACACACCGAUGAGGUUUAUGACGAUGAAGAAAAUGAGCAAGAACUCGCUGAUGCUGAGCAAGAGUGGGCUGAAGGUGAAUCCGAAGAGCAACCAGCUCAAGCUUAAGCGAAGUUGCUGCUUUCUCCUUUUUGUUUAUCAAACUGUUAUUUACUAAUCUCUGUUG